AUUGGCCAAGGCAGGUCCCAGAGGGCUACCCAUAGCGACACCAUCCUUUUGUUGGUACAUUUCAUUGUUAAAACUGAAUUCAACUGAACGUGUUGCAGUUUCCAUCAGUUCAAUGAAUACUUCCUCUGGAAAUGGUGGGCUAUUAAGCUCGCUCCGGUACAAAGCGUCGGCACAUACUCAACCAAAAAUGAAAUUACUUAGUGUCACACCCAGUAUUGAAUUAGUCUACCAAUCAGAUACAAGAAUUAUAAAAAUUAUAUAUUUCAUCCAAUCAGAUUCUUGAUGUUAUACGUGUGAUAUUACUCAGCCUGCACACAAAGCAGUUUGUGAUUAGUCCUAUGGGUAUAGUUAUUAUUGAUACACGCAAAAGACAGGAUUAGUAUAAUUAUGCUCAAAUUAUUAGUAAAUACAUCUGUUGCUGUGUAUUAAUGCACACAGUUAACUAUAAGAAUAUAAGCUUGAAUACCAAAACAAAUAAACAGCUAAACAAUAGAUAAUGCACUGAGGAAUUCCACAAUACUUCCCUUUUACUAAUGCCCUAUUCUGUGCCCAAACCUAUUGUUCGGCUGCGUUGAGAUGAGAUUUGAACGGGACCUGCCACCUGCCACCUGCCACCAUUUUUUUCACUGUCAUAAAACAUUCUAUUGGCCCAGAAUUUCUUUAUUCUCAAAUCCAUCUUAGACAAAAUAUGGACCAAGAAUCGCGCACAUCUGUUCAACCGCACCCAUUCCACCUAUUAUAGUCAGAAACAACAUAACAAGAUAAAAGAAUUUUCUCAUCCCGGAUUUCUAGUCCAGCGCUUUUUCUAGUCGACCACAAUCAUACGAAUUUUUUAAAUGAAACAGGAAUGAUCCAGCUAUCAAAGUCGACUUCAAUAUGGAAACCAAAGGAAUUGAUAUAAAUCUCCAAAUAGAAAGAAUCGGCUUCGGAAAGUUCCAAAUUAUUGUUUUAGCUAUCGUGUGGCUGAGGUACUUUUCAUAUUCAUCUACAGCCAGUCUUCUCAUCAUAUUGGAGCCCUAUCUUCGUUGCUAUUGGAAAUUGAGUUACAUGACUGCAGCAUGGCUUGUCUUGCCUGAAGCUAUCACUAAAAUAGUUGGAUCGAUCUUACUUGGCAAAAUGUCAGAUAGGUAUGGAAGGCGCAAGACGAUGAUACUUGCUUUCGUUUUCAAUUCAUAUUUGACGCUGCUUUUUUCGCUAUCCACCAGCACAGUUCUGUUGUCAAUAAUACGAGGGGUUAUUGGCCUCGUCUCGUCAAGCACCAUGAUAGCAUUUACUUAUGCAAUGGAAAUUCUGCCAAUAUCCAAACGAAAAUACAUGUCUAUUUUUGCUGCAGGGUUUUUUGCUGGAUGUGGGUAUGGCAUUUUAGUUGCUAUGGUUUCGCUGAAGUAUCUAUCAUGGCGAUGGUUCGACGCUUUUGCAGAGACCAUUCCGAUAACGUUAGCGGCACUUGCAGUGCUAUUUCUGCCGGAAUCUCCACGAUAUUUGAUGGCCGUUGGAAAAACGGAAGAGGCAAAAGAGACUCUCCAAAGGAUUGCUAAAAGGAACGGAGCAAUGGAUAGAUUUUCGGCAUUUCCUUCGUAUGAAUCUACUAAUGCUGUGACAAUAAAACAUUUUAAAACGAAUGUUGAUGAGCGACAGCAGCAAUCAAAAUACGAAAUGGCAAAAAGGAUUGUUUUAGUAGCUUUUCUUCAAUUUUAUGGCGAUAUUGUCUCUGCAACAGUGCGUUUUGGCUCAAUGCAGUUUGGGGAGAACUCUGAUGUUUCCGAGUGCGGAAAAUGCUCCGAGAAUUUGACAUACAAAUAUCGAUGGGCGGUAGAAACCGCUGGUUUUUUCGCUGUUUUCACUUCUUACUCGCUAUUAGGCAAAGUUAGCAGAGGGCUUACAAUGAAAAUCUUGGUAGUUUUUCUAGGUGCUUGUCUUAUACCGUUUUAUUGGCCUUUACGUGGAUGGCCUUUGCUCGUUGCAAUCGCUCUCACUGAAUUUGGGGCUGCAACGCUGAAUAAUAUUAUAUUAGUCUAUAGAGCCGAACUACUUCCAACGUCGAUAAGAACGAGCGGGUGCGGUAUUUCGGAUGCUUUUGGUCAGUUCGGUAUUUUGUGUGGCCAGUUUAUUGCUCUUUAUCUUCAUCACUUUAGUACAAGUCUUUCUUUUGGCAUUUUACAUGGUUUCACCGCAGUAGGUAUUUUUAUUGUAUUUUAUGGUAUCAUAGAAACAAAACAUCAGCUAUUAAACUGAAAUAGAUUGUAACCAUUAGUCAAGCAUAGAAACUUUGUACUGAUCCAUACAUGUCCUACUUUUGCAUUCCUAACUCGAAUGAUGGCGUAUUCCUUAGUUGGCUCCUUUAUUGCAAAUUUUCUACAUUUCGGAAGACAUUUUUUAAAUUUUACUCGAUUACCACUAGAGACCUGGCGCGAAUAACAUAAUGCCCCCUUUAGCUAUUUGCAAGUGCCGUUUUAGGAGAAGUAUAUGUACCCUUGUAGGACUUUAUUGCCACAGUGUCUCGUUUGCCUGUGCAAAUUAAUUGGUAAGUAAAGUGGUAAAAGCCAAAGCAGUUUUCAAAAUGAAUUUCACAAAGACUACUUAAUGAAGCGUUUAUGAAGCCGUUUCCGAUUCAAGUUUUUGUCACAAAAGAUCUCAAGAUACUUGCUUGAUACUUGUUUUUUUUGCAUAAUAGACUCGUCAUUCAUUGCCAAGAUCGGUUUAUUGAAAGGAAAGGAGAUAUGAGGUCAAAGUACUCUCUCGACAUAAAAAUUUAAUCCAUUUGCGGCCAAAUAGUCUUAAACUGUAACUUGUUCAUUGUUGACAAGACUUCAGUGAGUCUUUAUAUUGUGAUAAAAUAGAAAUGCCAAAAUGGAGUCCGUAGUAGAUGAUGUUAUUGUGCAAUCUAAAACAUUUGAAUUUUGAUAUAUUAAAUUAGUUAGUCGAUAUAAUUAGGGGCGUCCUAAAUGAGGGUACGGGGUUGGUGUACCCUCGACACUUUGCAACAUUCUUGCAACAAUUGUAACUUAUUGACAUUUCUGUAGUAGUUUGAAUUUUAAAGUAUGACACUAAAGUAUGAAUUUUGAAAUAGAAACACAAAAAACAACAUAUAAGAUUAUCUUUCUUCUGACCACAACUCGAAGAGUGAUAAAUUUUUUACGAUUUAUCGAAAAUUUGAAAAUGAACUGGAAAGGAAAAAAACAUAUUGGUGCUGUCCUAACUGAUUUAUCAUAAGCCUUUGACUGUCUACCAGAAAAACUUCCUUUUAGCAAAACUACAUGUCUAUUGUGUAUGUAUUAGAAAGCAGUAAAUAUCUAUCUAAAAGAAAGCAAAAUGUCAAAGGAAAAGGCUAUUAUUUAUUAUUAUUAUCAAUUAUUAUUAUUAAUAUUAUUAAAAAUUUGUUUUACGUUGGCAAGAAAGAACAAACAAAAUAUAGCUAAUAAGCUAAUUAACGCCAACACAAUAAUUUAAAACCUACUUUACGAUGUCCAUACUAAAUCUACAAAACCCCUAAAUCAUCGAUAAAAACUUUGCACAAUCUGCAAAUGCAAGUAUUUCCAUGCCAUAAUUUUAUUUUUGUUUGAACUCAACUAGUGUAUUGGAAUCUUUAAUUUCCCUUAGUAAUGAGGACCACAACUGGUGACCUCUGUACUGAACAUUCUCUAUUCCGUAUGAUGUUGUCUUCAUUUUUGGCAACCGCAAAUGAUUUUCACUUUUCAGAUUGUAUUGAAUAUCUCUCUCAGUAAAAAUAUUUCUCAUAACUGUUGGAUUUAGAUUGUUUUUCGUUUUGAAUAUUUCAAUCAUUAGCAGUUGCAAGAUUGUGUUGAUGAAUAGUUCCAUAUUUUUUCUUUAACUCGGCUAGCACUGAUUCACUAUCUUUGCAUACUUAUCAUUGCAGCUCCUGGAGUAAACUUUGACAAGUAGUGUCACAAGGAGCAACACUUGGACCUCUACUUUUUUAUAUUUUCCUAAAAGAUGUCUUUUCCAGCCUUAAUUUAGGGUCUCUAUAUAAUUUUGCUGAUGACAACACGAUAUCUGUAACUGCAACAAAUACCGAUGCAACUUUUUCACCCUAUCUUUUCUUUUCAUUAACUUCUAGAUCAUCAUUUAGAAGUAAGUAUUUCCUGUUUUAGAACAAAAAAUUCUAAUCAGGGGGCGCAGGGGGCGUGAUUUUGCCUUUUAUCACGUGACCCUAUGACGUACAUUGUGAUAACUCGGAAUUUUCCUGUCAUUUAUAACUAAAUGUCGAAAACAAUUUGCAAAACAAGACCCGAUUACU